CUUCACUCUUUUCGUCUUUCCUUGCUUUUUUCACUCGCUCUUCCGUCGAUAACUCCUCCAACUGCCCUUCCUUCGCUUGCGUCGAUCUUUCUUUCUUCUUUUCUACUUCACAUCUUCUACCUAUCCCAUCCCACUCGCUCCUCCCUUUCCGUCUCGAGUCUCACCUCUUAAGUUGACCGAACCCCUGUUCACUUUUCGUUCCACUGGCGUCAUAACGCACUGUGCACCGCUGUCUGGCCUGCCCUAGAUAUCAGUCCUGGUUAUUGACUGGUAAAUUAAUGGCCCUGUGCCUCCUUGUGGAAUAUUAGUACAGCGUGGUUGGGGCCAUCGAGUCCCCGCUAGUCCUUCUUUUCUAUUGCUGCCGGUCCGCACUCUUCUUGUCUACACCGACGCGAUUGAUCGCUUAUUUUACUACACCAUAUUCUAUUCAACUAUUUAACUACAGCACGCCUACCGUGGUUGACCGACGAAAUGGCGGCCGUUCUGACUGCACCGAACUCGCCUCCUGAACUAUCCGGGUCCAAGUCGUCCAAGUCCUCCUCUUAUCGAUCGUCCUCGCGCAUGUCCAGUCCGGAUGGGGUGUUUACAGAUAUUGGGAAUUUUGAAGAGAUUGGGCUAGAGGAUGAAUCGGCGCCGUACCUGGAAUCAUCUGUCUCUCAUGGGCGGGCCCCCGGGGUCGCGCGGUCCUCAACAGCCAGGAUACUCGCGAAGUCUCCGGUCUCGACAACCCGUGAUUUAUUAUCGGCUGCUCCAAGGAAACCGUAUGCAUCCCAGGGACGGCCCGGUCCUAGGCUGAUGACCGCCUCGCGCGACCUGCAAACCCCGCGGCCUUCAUCAAAAACACGUCGCAAUCGAUCGGCUUCACCUCUUCGGCCAUCACAGUCCCCAGGCAUCGCCUCGUCUCCAUCUAGCCAAACCCUGUCUCCAUCUGCCGUUAAUGCUCGACCACUUAACCGAAAGCCGUCUUGGCAGCGCAGCCGUAAGUCGCUGAAGGAGCUGGAGGCAGAAUAUCACGACUCAGACGACGAGCUUCCCGAAGAUGCUAGCUUAUGGAAUAUCCCCAUUUCCCCGCGGCCAGUUGAGGAUCGUGCACCCUCUAGAGACCACAGCCCUAACCGCAGUCCUGGGCCGCAACCUUUCCCUCUGUCACAUUCAGUCUCUGAGGCUGCGGUUGCCUCCGGGCCUCCUCGACGAUCGCCCGCUACUUCUCGAGCAAACCGCCAGAUGGCCCGAUCUAGCUCGGCUGGUCCCGAACGCGGCCAAAUUUCGCCUCGCAAUCCUCGACUCUACUCUUACAAUAGCAUGAUGUCCGACUUAUCUGAAGAGGCCAAGAACCUCACCCAGGCGCUAGAAUUCCACGCUGAUGAGAACGAUCGCAAGCGCGGAGAUAGCCUUCGGAGCGGGAACUCCUCGCUGAGAUCUAGUGAUGAAUCCAAACGUGACUCCAAGUCACCGAUUGAACUGCCGCCUGUUCAAAAGUCCAACAUUAUGAUCGACCCACUACCCAUCAGUAAGGAGAAGGAAAAGGUCCUCUCCCGUACUCGUCCCAGCUGGCUUCCUCCUAAGGAUCAAAAGGAGGAAAGGCGCCAUCUUAGAGAAUACAAGAAAAUGAUGGAACAGUCUCGGGAAGCAGACAAACGGAAAGCUGCACAGGCGGCUUCGGCCAAAUGCGAGCGGGACAACACUCGCGAUACACUUCAACAGAUCUGGGAUGAUUAUGUCUAUCCCAACUGGACCAGGGCCAUUGGCGAGCCUCGCACUCGCGAGCUGUGGUGGCGGGGUAUACCCUCGCGAAUCCGAGGACAGACUUGGAAUCGUGCCAUCGGCAAUGAGCUGGCUCUUUCUGAUGAAUCUUACAAUAAAGCCCUCAAGCGGGCGAAAGAUGCACGCGCCAAGUCUGAGGGGGAUUCGGGCGAGAGCAACAAGAAAAUGAUGCAGUGGUUUGAUGCCAUCCAGGCUGAUGUUUCCAAGGCUUUCCCUGAACUGAACCUGUUCCAAGAAGGCGGCCCUCUACGUGAAACAUUGGUGGAUGUGUUGGAGGCGUAUGCGAUGUAUCGGAGUGAUGUUGGGUAUUUGACUGGCCUUCAUACCAUUGCCGCACUUCUUGUGCUCCAAUUCCCAACACCCUCUUCCGCUUUUUGCGCCAUGGCCAAUGCCCUUAACCGUCCCCUACCCGUUGCAUUUAUGACCAUGGACCAUGGAGCCAUCGGUCGAACUUUCUCGCUAGCGUCUGCCACACUUCGCUACAAGUUCCCUCGUCUGGCCACUCAUCUAUAUGAAACUCUGCGACUAUCCGACGAAGAGAUUUUCGAAAGCAUGUUCCGGUCACUGCUUACCAACGGCCUCGACUUGGAGCGCCUCAGCCGUGUCUGGGAUUGUUGGGUCUUUGAAGGUGAUCGCAUAUUUAUUCGCGCUGCCGUUGCAAUCCUUGGCUGCCUACAGACGCAGCUGUUUGGUUUUACUGAGCCAGAUGACCAAAGUCGUUUGGCAGUGAAAAACAUUCUUGCGUGGGGACCACACGAUAUCGGAACCAAACCCAAGGAACGUCGAAGCGCACCCGCAGCUCCUAUAGCUGGCUUUGCGGGAGGUCUCAUCGGAGCCGCUGCCGGCCAUUACUGGAUUCUGACAUCUGCAGGUGAUGAAGAUGGAUUCAUAAGUGAAAUGCGCGAGGCGGGCAAGGUUCAACCACGGGCCUAGCACUAUAUACACUUGUUCAAGCAGCAGUCGUUUCCAUAAAUAGCAUAGUAUGAAGCAUUCUUAUUCAAGUACCACAAGCAGCUGAGCUCGUGGGGUCGUUCCCAGGCUCAUUAUCAAG